GCGAUUAAAUUGAUAACCUAGGUUCGUUUCACAGAUUUUGAAAAUAAACUGAUAAAGACCUUGCUCUCACUUACCUUAUUCACAUUAGCUGUCUCCUAGAAAUGUAGGGCAUUUAGCAAACAUCUUUUAUUCUGUGAAUUGGUGGUUGAGUAUUCAAGGCGGAAGCCAUAAAAAAACGUAAACAAUUUUAAAGAGUUUCAAAUAUUGUUGGUCAUUUUUGAAAAUGUUUAGUUUUUAUCAUAGUAUCUCAAAAUAAUUACCAAGUAUGCUGUAGUGAAAACUCGUAGACCUCUCCACAUAUUCUUUGUCAGUUAGCAAAGAUGCACACCACUUACAAGAAUCGCGGCCUAACUCCUGCCUAAAUUAUUAAUACCAACUUAACAUAAUAUAUAUUCAAUGGUAUGUUGAAUUGCUAUUGGCUUUGUUGAAAUAUUAAACUAAAAAGGCAUUGGAAAUAAAAUCAACAGAGAGUGUGGAUCGUUAGAAGCGAUUAGUACAAUUCAAGACGAAAAUGGCUGGAGUGUUUAUCAAGUAUUUCGGAGCAUUGCUGCUGGUAGUCGGCGUCGUUUGCAUCAACGGCGAUGGCACCGAAAUUUCCGAAACCGACUUGGAGAUGCUUGACUCCCACAAUCAAUUGUUAAAAUCCAUAUAUAAUGAGGCUGUUAAAUUAAGUAUAUACGUUUUGAGACGAAGUGGGGAAUUAUGCAAGAAGAUGGACAACGAAGAGAUACUGCUAUACAAGAAAAUAGCAAGUGAAAAGUCCAAGAAAUCUGUAGAAUCAGUUACUCACGAAACAAUUCUGAGAAAUUGUAUUAAUCGUAUCGAGGAUCGUUUUGAUCCCACAGCGAGUCGUGAUAAUGUAUAUGGUCCAGAUGAACCUUUGUUACUUAAGUAUGGAUUGGAGGAUAUUCAAAAGGUUGUGGAGCAAAAAUAUGAAACAUUUUUUGAAGAGAUUUUGCAGCAAAUUAAAGAAUAUCUGAAGGGUUUGACACCGGAGCAGCAAAGAAACACGACGGCGCGAAAUUUGAAAGGGUGGUCAAGUAAAAUUAAGGCGGCUUCAACUUUGGCACGGAAGGCGAUGACUUUUAGAAGUUUUAUGCGUUACUAUUUUUUGCAAGAAAGUGUUUAAAGUGCGAGCUGUUUAAUAAUAUUGGAAGUUUAUUUAGCUGCACAGAAUUAAAAUCGCCAAGAGUUGGCAACGCUAACGAA